CCUUCCCCGGCGCUGCCCAGUCCGUAUUUCGGCACGCAGCUCUCGGGGCACGUCGGCACCCAGGCAGAGGGAAAAGCACCAGGUGCAUUACCAGCCUACCUGGUUUAUCUUUCUUUUUUUGACAGCUGUAGCUUUGAUUAAUCAUCAGGAGCCAUAAACACUUGCAUAACUGUCCCUGUCACACCAGGCUGUGCCCAUCUUGGACCCAGCUUGCCGGGACACACAGGGCAUUGCCUUCUGCCAGACACUUCUCACCUGCUGGAAGGAGCAGCCUUGGGGAGCCAGCACCCACGGGUUGAAGAUGUCCUGCGAUAACCUGGUGCCCCGCAGAAGGACCUGCCUGCCUUAGCCAGCCCGUCCUCCCAGGCACCCUGCUGGCCAUGGCCAUCACACCCCAGUGAGGGACAAAAGGGCAAGGAUUGAGUCUCCCCAGCACCACCACAUCCCCUGGCAGAGCCAUGGAGGCCCCCCUGGACGUGCCCGUAGGGAACCUCAUCGACUUUGAUGCUGAAACACCCGCCUGCAUCCCCUCAGAGCCCUCUCCCCCCGCUGUGCCCAGCGGCAACGGGCACCUGGGGGACACGGGGGACCUGGCCGGGGAGGAGAGCGAUGCCACCGAGUCAGCAGACAGCGAGAAUGACAUGGGUGACUCCCCCAGGCACUGGGGUGGCUACCGGCGCUCCUCCUCCAACGAGUCCUUCUCCUCUGGCCAGAGCACCGAGUCAGCCCGGGACGAGGGGCUGGCCGAGCGCCGGGAGUUCAUCCGGCACUACGUGGAGAAGAUCUUCAGCGGGGGAGAGGAUUUGGACCAAGAAGAGAAGGCCAGGUUUGGAGAGCUCUGCAGCGGCGAGAACGGGAAGGGCAGGGAGUGGUUUGCCAGAUACGUGAGCGCCCAGCGCUGCAACUCCCGGUGUGUCUCGGAGCAGACCUUCUACCGCCUGAUGCAGUCCUUUGCCCUCGUGCUCUUUGAGUGUCACCAGAUGGAUGACUUCAGCCCUGCCAAGAACCUCAUGACCAUGUGUUUCACCUACUACUACAUGGGCAAGACCCAUGCUCUGCCCUUGGAGGCCAAGGAGAAGCCCAUGGGCAGCAUUGACUCGUACCUGAAGUCGGCGAACAGCUGGCUGGCAGAGAAGAAGGACAUUGCAGAGAGGCUGCUGAAAAACACGUCGGCCAAGACGGAGAACGUCAAGGGCUUCUUCGGGGGCCUGGAGACCAAACUGAAGGGUCCAACCACCAAGAAGAGCGACGAAGGUGAGGACAAACCAAAGGAGAAGCUGAAGAAGAUGGUUUCUGUGCAGAGCCCAGAGGAGGAGAAGAAAGGAGAGAAGAUCUACCUGUACAUGCACCUCAAGCAGCAGCCGAUCUGGCACAACCUGAGGUUUUGGAACGCUGCCUUCUUCGACGCCGUGCACUGCGAGCGCAGGAAGCGGUCCCCCACCACCAGAGGGAACGCUGGGGAGGAAGAGGAGAAGAGGGAGAAGUGGUGCCACAUGACACAGGAGGAGCGUGACGACAGCCUCCGCUUCAACGAGAACAUCACCUUCGGGCAGCUGGGCACCUUCAUUCACAACAUGCUGGCAUUUGGCCUGAACAAGAAGCUCUGCAGUGAUUUCCUGAAGAAGCAGGCGACCAUUGGCAAUCUGGAUGAAGAGCAAUACAAGCUGCUCAGCGACCACAUCGAGCAGAUGGCCACUGAGUAGCCACCUGCUCAGCACAGAGAGGUGGAGGCCAGAGCAGGUGGGGAAGGGAGAGAAACCCACCUCUGAGGCUACUUGAAACUGAAGCUGGGCUACUUUAAAAAAAUAACACCACAAAACCAACAAGAACCACAGACAGAGCUGCAAUAAAACCUGCAUGAUCACCCACCAAACUUUAGAGCUGCACCAGGGCAGCCUGUAGAAAUAGGAGCCAAACAGGCCCCCCCCUCCCCUUGCCAGACCCUCCAGCAUCUGUUUUCAGAAGUAGACAGUCCCAAAAGUGUAUUUUGUCAGUUAAAAAAAAAUAAUUUAAAAAAAUGCAGGCAACCCAAGAGAAAAGCAAAAAGAGAGUGAGGGCUGCAGCCCCUGGUUUGUUUGAGAGCUGGAUCGUGGGCUCUUCAGACCCUCCCCCACCUGAAACGCUGCCCGUGGUCUUUGGUGUUUCACAGCACAAGGGCGGUGGGUGCUGAGCUGCCCAGCUGCUCCGUGCCUCUCUGAGGCUGCCCUGGGUAAAUCCAGAGGAACUCAAAGGGCUGUGAGGCUCCUGCUGCUUUUGCAGCGGGGGCUGGAGCUGAGCUGGGGAUGCGGGAGGUGAUGGCAGGGACUGCAUCUUGCUGCUGGGGCCACGUCCUGCCGGGGGAGAGGGGCUGGCUCUGCCUCCACCGGGACCCAUCUCCUCUGUCCUGAGGCACUGAGUGUUCCCAGCACCGGGAUUUGUCCUGGCAAAGCAGGAGCUGGCUGCAAUGGGAUGCAGGAGCUGAUGGAAAGGCUCUGGGUCAGCCUGGAACAGGUUGUGUUGUGUAUCCAGGGAUGUCACCACCUGCUGGAGACACGGGCAAUGCGGGGGCUCUCUGAGAGCUGGCAAAGUGCUGCUGCCUUCCUCAGUAUAAGGCUCCUUGGGAGCUGGAGGGAAAUCCUUCCCUUGGGAAACCUUCCCUGUGCUGCCUGGGUGGGUUUUUACCUCUGGGCAGAGAGAAAACACAGUUUGCUCCCUAUCAUUAGUCUGGAUCAGCAGGAAAAAAGCCAUAGUCUUGGGUAGGAUGCUGGGAGAGAAGGCAGAGGAGCAUGGUGAGAAACCCACUCCCUGCUGCAUCCUCAGGCUCAGGGCUGCCAUAGGUUUGCAGCAUUCCCAAAGCCUCCUGUCUUCCCACAGCAGCCAUGGCAUUAGAUUAAUGUCCCUCCUUCCCCAGGCUGCACCUCGCUGCCUUCUCCUUCCCCAGCCCCUUCGCUCCAGCUGAUCAUCCAGCAAACCUGAACUAACCCUGUUUCAAGCACAUCUGUCCUGCUUGGUGGCAGCUGCCCAGUGUGCAGCACAGCUGGGUUGUUGGGUUUUUUCUCCCUGUGUUUUUUUUAUCCCCGUGGAUCUUGGCAUGGCAUCUGCAGAGAGGCUGGGGACACAGGGACAGCACUGUCCGUGGGGACAGAAAGCCCCAGCCCCACGCAGCCAGAAGGUCCCACCCCAAAAACUUUGUCCUGAAGCAUAAAUCCAGGUUUCCAGGGACUGUCAGUCCGUUUUUCCCUGUGCUGUCAGCUGUAUCCCAUAAUAAAAUAGUGGAACAGGAUUCUUUUUCAUGUAGCUCUUAGUUUCUGGUGUCAUUUCCCAGCACCAAAAGAAUGUUCUUACCUGAGCUGGGCUUCCCUCCCUGCUCAGGUUUUGGGAGCUCUGGCUCCUGCCAGACUCUGCUCCAUGAUGGGUCUGUUAGGAAGGAUUUGAUCCAACUUUGGUUUUUCCUUGGCUAUUCCCAAACCUGGACAGUUACUGGAGAAAGGUUUUCAUCAGGGCAAGGGGCUGCCCAAGGGGACUAACCUGCACCAAGUGUCCCCUUGCCCUGACAAACACCUUUCUGAUGGAAAAAGAUGUUCUGGAGCACAAGCACCAGGCAGCUCAGCACCAAACCCCACAUCCUGGAGCAUCCCAUCCUUGUGGCAUCCCCAGAUCUUUCCAGAGUUCUGCUUUGUUUCCUUGUCGUUGUUUGCUUUGGUUUGUUUGUUUUUCUUCUCCAACAUGAAGGAAAAAAAAAAAAAAGUUCAGCAGUGAAAUCUAUAUUAUUUGCAUGUGUAUUUUUCUAAAAAAAAAAAAGAAAAAUAAAAAGUCAUUAAAAUAAAAUAAAAAAUACCCAUAAAAACUCCCCUGACUGGGACUGUGUGAAGGAUGGGGUGAGAGAGAGAAGGGAAUAAAUUGUCUUAAAAAUUA